AAGUAAGAAGCACGAAAGAAGUCUUGAUGUUUAUGUAAUGAACCAGUACACUGAAGACUCACUGAAUGUAUACAUUUAGCUAAAUAAGUAUGAACAUUUUCAUAAGCUCUUAAAAAUAGCCGGGAGGGCUCCUGAAAUAGAUUAUGCCUGCAACUAGUGGAAGAGAGCACCGCAUGCACGGGAUUUUGGCACUAAGCUAGGUUUUCUCUGAUUUGCUGACUGUGUUUUUAAUCAUUCUAAUAGUUUCAUAAAUAUAAAAGUUUCUAAUUAGUACCAUCAUUCGGCUUGCUCUAAUAAAUUGAUAUUCUUCUCUAGUCUUAUUUUUGGUAUUGGAUUUAACAGAUCUUUUGGUGAUGGUCUGUGAAUUCCUUUAUCGAUUUACUUGCAUUUGCAAAAUAUGUUUCUGGAUUUGGCGACGAUUCUGGGAUUUUCAAACAACUUUCGGAUUUGUUUUAAAUAUUAUUAUGGAUCUAAAAAUUUCAUUUGGAUCAUUUCUCUUGUUUAGACUUAUGAUUAAUGAUUAUUUACCCUCAGACAGUAGUAGUGCUACACUAGUAGUAGGUAGUGUAGGUAGUAUGAAUGGUAGUGUGUAUAUACAUGCGGGGAAACUGGGAACGACAUCAAUGCAAAAAUGGCGGAAAAGGGACGAAGAACAUUUCCGUGAAUUAAAACCAAAGAAAUGGACUCAAAGGAGGUUGUCAUCAAAAUCUGUGAUCUGAACCCUCAUGUGGUUUGCAGUUUAUGCGCAGGAUACUUUGUUGAUGCCACGACUAUUACAGAAUGUCUGCAUACCUUUUGCAAAAGCUGUAUUGUGAAAUACUUCCAAACCAGCAAGAAUUGUCCCAUGUGCAAUCUGCAGAUACAUGAAACCCAACCGCUUUUCAACCUCAGGUUAGACAGAACAAUGCAAGACAUUGUGGCUAAACUUGUUCCUGGGAUUGUUGAGGGUAAGCCUGCUAAUUUUGUUUGAUGCUGAAUGUUAGAGGUGCACAGUUAUUUGAAGUUACAAUGGCUAAGGACCAUGAUGUUGUGUCUGAUCAUGAAGGUGGCUCCUUACAAAGAUUGUUUCUUGUUGUGGGUUAUGCUUUACAGGUAAACUGAAAGGAUGGAGCAAUGGACUGCUUUUAACAGCAACAACAACAACAACCAUUUUAUUUUGCAUAAUACAGAGAAUAUCAUUCAGCAAAAGAAUACAUCAAACUUAAAUAAGCAUAAAAACUACUCAAAAUAGUAAAAACUAAACGAGCUUUAAUUAUUAUGCUUUAAAUCGGUUGUAAGAAAAAUAAAGAAAAGAAGAGGUGGAAAGAGAAAAAAUAUAUAUAGAUAUAAAUAUAAAAAGAUAUAUAAGUAGUAACAGUACCAGUUAUAGACAGAGCAUUGUUUUAUGGGCCUGAUUGCAUUUGUUGUUGUUG